AACAGAAAUAAUUCAUCAGAUCGAUGGCUGUGCACACUUUCCUUCACUGGCAGUCACCGCUCACGUCACAGUCACACUUUCCAUCUUCUUCUCCCCGCAGACUCAGACUCAGACUCAAUGCUUCCCUACUCUUCAACUCACAGCCUCUCACUCCCAUCAGAAUGGGGAGACGCCGGAUGCUGGUGGCCGGCGUCGUAGAGGAAAGCCAAGAGAGUUCCGAACCCGAACCCAAACCCGAACCCGAACCCGAAUCGAAGUCGGAGUUGGGAUCGGAAUUGAAGAAGGCGAUGCAGGAGAGGAAGGAGAAAGAAGGAGAGAACUUGUGGAGCGGAGUGGCCCAAGAGAUUGGGGAGAUUGAAUGGCCUGCGUUUGGCAAGGUUUUGGGUACAACGGGUGUCGUCCUUGGCGUCAUCCUUGGCUCUAGCGUCGUUUUGCUCACCGUCAAUGCCGUUUUGGCCGAACUUUCUGACCGCGUUUUCGCUGGCAAAGGGAUUCAGGAUUUCUUCACCUAACAAUCAUUUCUUUCACCCACUAACAUUUCACUAAGCCAAGUUUCUACAUUUUAUGCAUUCCAAGAAAUUAUUUUUUCCCGUUUGCCCUCUGUUUUGUGCUGUUACUCCAUUAUUACACUAUGUUUUGUACAAUACCAUAUUUCAUCAUGUACUCUCAGUAGAUUUAAGACAGGUUUUUUUAGCAUUUAUAAAUAGAUUCAGGUCCAAGUUUGCAUUAACAUAUUCUCAAAUCUCAAUAAUCACAAAUGGUAUUCUGCGAAUCAAUAGCUAAGGCUGUUAAAAUUAAAAAGGACAAAUUAGAAGGCGAAGAAAUAACUUAAAAAGCCUUAACCCAUUCAGGGCGUUACAGUCAUGCUUUCAGCUUCCCGUCUGAUUGACUCGAAUAGGACAGACGACAGGUACCUCUCUCCAAAGCUUGGAAAAACAACCUGCAGUGUAUCAAAAUGUAUCGGUCCCAUUGUCUCGGUGGUUACUCCAGGGAAAUAUCAAUUGACAGAUACAAAAUAUUUUAGGGAUGAAUCAACUUACAACAAUAAGCUUCCCUGCAUUUUCUGGUCUUUUUGCUAUCUUAAAGGCGGCAGCAGCUGCAGCUCCAGAAGAUAUUCCCACCUACAACAAUCUCCAAAGGUUAAAUAUCAAGCUCAUUGCCCACUGUUUGCUGUUUCUAUAGGUUUAGAACUUACAAAUAGGCCUUCUUUAAGUGCAAGAAGCUUCGCAGUUUCUAUUGCUUCGUCACUUGAUAUCUGCCAAUCUCACAUAUAUCGGGUUUAAUGAAAUUUUAACUGUU